AUGACCCAGCAAACCGUCAUUCGCAUUCCCGGAAAGCGGGACUCCAUCCGCAACUUCAAGGCGUUCAAGGAAGCAAUUCCUGUCCCUGCCAAGCACGAAGUUCUGAUCAAGGUCCAUUCCGUCUCCUUGAACUACCGUGAUGUUGGCGUUGCUCUUUCGCUCUAUCCCUUCCCCACCAAGGACAACGUCGUUCCCUGUUCCGAUGCUGCCGGUGUGGUUGUUGCUGUCGGCGAGGGUGUCAAGAACGUCGCUGAGGGCGACCAUGUGAUCAGCACCUUCGAUCCCACCAACCUUUAUGGCCAGCAGAUGAACUGGGAGAAUGGCCAUGGUGCCCCUGUCGACGGCGUGCUCCGUGAAUACAUCACGGUGGCUGCUGCUGCAGUCGUCCAGGUCCCCAAGGAUUCCCCUCAGAGCUUCUCCGAAUGGUCCACUCUGGUCUGCACUGGUGUUACUGCAUGGAAUGCUCUUUACGCUGCCACUCCCCUCAAGCCCGGACAGAUUGUUCUGUGUCAAGGAACCGGUGGUGUUUCCAUCACUGGAUUGAUUCUGGCCAAGGCCGCCGGUGCCAUUACCAUUGUCACUUCAUCAAGCGAUGAGAAGCUCGAGUUUGUCAAGAACAAGUUCGGCGCAGACCAUACAGUCAACUAUAAGACUCACCCCGAGUGGUCCAAGGAGGUUUUGAGAAUCACCAACGGCGAGGGUGUCGACUACGUGCUCGAGAACGGUGGUUCGGGCACCAUCGCGGAAAGCAUCAACUCGGUCAAGAUGGGCGGUAACGUUUCCGUCAUCGGCUUCCUUUCCCAGGCCAAGGAGAUGCCAGAUGUCGCUAGCAUGGCUCUCGCUAAGGGAGCUACUGUCCGUGGUAUUGUCGUUGGCUCUACCCAGCUUCUGCAGGAAGUUGCCCGAUUUGUCUCUCGCAAGGGUCUCCGUCUCCCUGUUGAGAAGGAGUUUAGCUUUUCGGAGGAGAACACCAUCAAGGCGUUUGAGUACCUUACCUCUGGCAGCCAUAUUGGUAAGGUCUGCAUCAAGGUUGUGGAGUAA